AUGGAGGUGCCCUGCCUGUUCUUGGUGGCUCUUCUGACUCUGGUGCCCACACAAGCCCCUGUGGAACCAACGGCACCUCCCAGUACCCUGGCGGGAAGCAGGGGUGGAAACACCUCGGUGGCCCUGGGUCCCAGCGCACUGAGGCUGGUGGGCGGCCGCAGCCGAUGUGAGGGUCGAGUGGAGCUGGAGCAGGUGGGGACAUGGGGGACAGUUUGCGAUGACAGCUGGGACCUGGCCGACGGCGACGUCGUGUGCCGGCAGCUGCGGUGCGGCAGGGCCGUGCGGGUCCACGGCGGUGCCGCCUUCGGCCGGGGCAGUGGAGCCAUCCUGAGGGAUGAGGUGGUAUGUGAGGGGCAUGAGGAGCACCUCUGGGAUUGCCCAGCAGAGCUGGAGCACGACUGCAGCCACAAGGAAGACGCUGGUGUGGUGUGCUCAGAGCACCAGGAGUGGAGGCUCUCUGGAGGUCGGGAUGGUUGUGCUGGCCGGGUGGAGGUCUUCUUCCGCGGGCUGUGGAACACGGUGUGUGACAGCAGCUGGUACCAGCUGGAGCCCAGGGUGCUGUGCCUCAGCCUGGGCUGUGGGGAGCCCCUCCAGCACCUCUCCUUCCAUCACACCUUGCCUGGCAAGAUGCUCUACCUGUGUGAGAGCCCUCAGCCGUCGCUGGCUCACUGCCAGUGGACCUACAACAAGUCAGCUCCUUGCUACCAGUCGCGGGCAGCCGGCGUGGUCUGCAAUGGCUCCCAGGGCUUGCAGACCCCAAGCUCGCCGGCCGCGGUGACACCGAGCAACAGCACCCUCCUGGGGGAGGAGGGUCCCAGGGCCACGGGGGUGCUGUCCUCUCUGCACAUGCCACUCUUUGUCCUCUGCUUGGUGCUGGCAGCACUGCUGCUGCUCACGGCGCUGGCCUUCGCCGCCACCCUGCUGAGAGUGAGGAGGAUGAGCGCCCACGCUAUGCCCUCCGUGGGUGUAGCUGGACCAGUGCUGGUGGCCCACAGCACCCAGAGCCCCAGUGUGCCCUCUGCCACCUCCAACGAGUACAGGAAGAUGCCCUCCAGCCUUCCCAAAGGACCAGGUAGGGCUGGCUGGGCAUUGCCAUCAGUGCCCUCUGCCAAGGACACCAGCUCCGACUCCGACUAUGAACACUAUGACUUCAGCAGCAAGCCACCGGUGGCCCUCUCCACCUUCUACAACUCCCUGCGCCGCCAGCCUGGGGAGCAGCAUCUCCUGUUGAAGUCCAGCCAGGGUGGGCUGGAGCCCUUCCCUGAAGCGACGCUCCCUGUGCCCAGCCCAGUGCUGGCCCAGCCCUGGGUGCCACCUCCAGCUGAGCCGGCGGUGCCAGCAGCCGACAGCUCCAGCACCUCCUCGGGGGAGUGGUACGAGAACCCGCAGCCUGCAGAGCCGCCUGGGCACCUGUGCCCACACGCUGGCUGGCCAGCUCCAUCCUGCCCCUCGAAGGAACACGAGUGGGACCCUGGCUCCUCUGAUGGCAGCGACUACGACGACAUCCAGGGCUGAGGUUGUGCCACCACCGCAGGCAGAGGGACACG